AUGAAUGCAUAUCUCCUCAAUCGGACCGUCGGGUCCAUUCCGCCAUCCACUUUCCACUCCGCGCAGUCAAUCCGCCUGCUUCACAGCCUUGAACCCGCCCCCGGGAUCCGCUUCUCCAGUACCAACUCCCAGUCCGCGAACGACGGAGGACACGAUGCCGAUUCCGACGAUGUUUUUGCGCACAGAGCUGGAGCGAACGUGUUAGCUAUUGACCAGUAUGAAGGCCGCUUCAUGGUCUCUGGUGGCGCCGACCCCUCGAUUCACCUGUGGGAUUUGGAGUCACGAGCCGCCGAGCUGAGUUACACGCACGAGCCUGUCGCCUCCAUCUCCAGGUUCUCGCACGACGACGCCCAUACGCAUGCCAUUACAUCCGCCUCCAUCUACCCCUUCGAUCCCACCCCGUCGACGAUCCUUACCACCUCGCAUGACGGAACCCUGAAGCUCUCGGCCCUGCAACCGGCGGCAAUCACUCCUGUCCACACAUUUAAGCUCGAUUGUACACCGUACACCCAUUCUUUGUCUUCCCAUCCGGGCUCCCCUCUACUCGUCGCUGUUGGAACGUCCGAAAAGCCGGUCCGAUUGCUCGACCUACGCUCUGGGUUGUCUACACAUGGUCUCCCUGGUCACAGCUCAGGCGUCCUCUCCGUAUCCUGGGCUCCCCAUCGCCCGCACAUUCUAGCUUCUGCCUCCACCGACAAUCGCAUCAUCCUAUUCGAUAUCCGUCGCGCGGGACACAAUGCCGCGAUCGCGACUCUCGACAUGGACGACGCAGUGGGUCUCGUUCAAUCUCAGAACACCUCGGGUUCGUAUCAUAGCCGCCCGGCAUUUUCCCCCCACGCUCGAGCACACAAUGGAGCCGUGACGGGGGUGCGAUGGACUUCGGAUGGAACAUAUCUGGUAACGGCUGGUCAAGACGCGAGGAUUCGUGUGUGGGAAGCUGCAACGGGUGCCAACACGCUUGUCCAUUUCGGCCCUCGUAUUCAAAAUACUUCAUCUGCCCACUUGGCUGAAAGGGCACCGUUGGUUGUUCCACAUCGUCAUCUGGGCGCUGGCCAUGAAACGCUACUAUGGGCUAAUUAUAGUGAUUCGGACGACCGAGGCGAAAUAUUCCUCCUCGGCCUCCGCGAGGGGUCCUUUAUUAAGCGCCUCCGAGUCCCGGGUCUCAUGGGGCGCAGGACAUACGCGCAGGGACGGUCCAAUGCCCUCAGCGCCGCGCGCAUUAAUUCAUUGGCAUGGCGGGGCAACGGUGCGUCCGGCGAAGGCAUCGAGGUUUUCUCAGCACAUGGCGACGGGACAGUGAGGGCGUGGGUUUCGCGAGAAUCAGAAGAGGCGCCAACUGAAGAUGAAGAGGUGGAGCAGGCUGAUCGCAAGCGGAAACGGGAUGUACUCGAAGAGAUCUACCAAGGCUUUAUGUCAGUCUAG